CCGGUCGGCGCCUGAGCUGCGGACACAGGUUGUCGCUUUGCUGUCAGUCACUUCUGUCGCCAGCUCCUCUGCCAUCACCAACGCUAGCCUCCGUCAUGAACCCCGACCUGCGCAAGGAGCGAGCCGCCGCCACCUUCAAUCCCGAGUUAAUCACGCACAUCUUGGAUGGCAGUCCGGAGAACACCCGGCGCCGUCGAGAAAUCGAGAACUUGAUUCUGAACGACCCAGACUUCCAACAUGAGGACUAUAACUUCCUCACUCGAAGCCAGCGUUACGAGGUGGCUGUUAAGAAGAGCGCCACCAUGGUGAAGAAGAUGAGGGACUAUGGCAUCUCAGACCCUGAAGAAAUCAUGUGGUUUAAAAAACUACUUUUGGCUAAUUUUGUGGAACCUGUUGGCCUCAAUUACUCCAUGUUUAUCCCUACCUUGCUGAAUCAGGGCACCACUGCUCAGCAGGAGAAAUGGAUGGACCCGUCCAAAGAACUCCAGAUAAUUGGCACCUACGCCCAGACGGAGAUGGGCCACGGAACUCAUCUUCGAGGCCUGGAAACCACUGCCACAUAUGACCCCAAGACCCAAGAGUUCAUUCUCAACAGCCCCACUGUGACUUCCAUCAAGUGGUGGCCUGGGGGACUUGGGAAGACGUCCAAUCAUGCGAUAGUUCUGGCUCAGCUCAUCACGCAAGGGGAAUGCUACGGGUUACAUGCCUUCGUUGUCCCUAUCCGUGAACUCGGGACCCACAAACCCUUGCCAGGCAUCACUGUUGGGGAUAUCGGCCCCAAGUUUGGUUAUGAAGAGAUGGAUAACGGCUACCUGAAGAUGGACAAUUACCGUAUACCCAGAGAGAACAUGUUGAUGAAAUACGCCCAGGUGAAGCCUGACGGCACAUACGUCAAGCCUUUGAGUAACAAGCUGACGUACGGGACCAUGGUUUUCGUAAGGUCCUUCCUCGUGGGAAAUGCAGCUCAGAGUCUGUCCAAGGCCUGCACCAUUGCCAUACGAUACAGUGCUGUGAGACGCCAGUCUGAAAUCAAGCCAAGUGAACCAGAACCACAGAUUUUGGACUUUCAGACCCAACAGUAUAAACUCUUCCCACUCCUGGCUACUGCCUACGCCUUCCACUUUAUAGGAAGACACAUAAAGGAGACCUACCUUCGAAUUAACGAGAGCAUUGGCCAAGGGGACCUGAGUGAGCUGCCUGAGCUUCAUGCCCUCACUGCCGGGCUGAAGGCCUUUACUACCUGGGCAGCCAAUGCUGGUAUUGAAGAAUGUCGAAUGGCUUGCGGUGGGCAUGGCUAUUCUCACAGCAGUGGGAUUCCGAAUAUUUACGUCACGUUUACCCCAGCCUGCACCUUUGAAGGAGAGAACACUGUUAUGAUGCUACAGACAGCCAGGUUCUUGAUGAAAAUCUACGACCAGGUGCAGUCGGGGAAGUUGGUGGGUGGUAUGGUGUCCUACUUGAAUGACCUGCCGAGUCAGCGCAUCCAGCCCCAGCAGGUGGCGGCCUGGCCAGCUGUGGUGGACAUCAACAGCCUGGACAGCCUGACAGAAGCCUACAAGCUCCGUGCAGCCAGAUUGGUAGAAAUUGCUGCAAAAAAACUUCAGACUCAAGUGAGUCUCAGGAAGAGCAAGGAAGUGGCCUGGAACUUGACUUCUGUUGAUCUUGUUCGGGCAAGUGAGGCACACUGCCACUACGUGACCGUUAAGGUCUUUGCAGAUAAACUCCCCAAGAUUCAAGACAGAGCCGUGCAGGCUGUGCUGAGGAAUCUGUGUCUCUUAUAUUCUCUCUAUGGGAUCAGCCAGAAAGGAGGAGAUUUCCUUGAGGGGAGCAUCAUCACAGGGGCUCAGCUGUCACAAGUGAACAGCCGGAUACUGGAACUGCUCACGUUGAUCCGCCCCAAUGCUGUUGCAUUGGUGGAUGCCUUUGACUUUAAGGAUGUGACACUUGGCUCUGUUCUCGGCCGCUAUGACGGGAAUGUGUAUGAAAACUUGUUUGAGUGGGCCAAGAAAUCCCCACUGAACAAAACAGAGGUCCACGAAUCUUACCACAAGCACUUGAAGCCCCUGCAGUCCAAGCUUUGAAGUUUUCCAUGGGACAAGUCUGAGCUCCACAAAGCAGUGGAAAAUCUCUUCUUGAUUCACUAAUCCUUGUGAAAUCGUCAUCAAAUUUGUGUAGCUAUAGAGCAAAUGAUGGGUUGAGCUUUUCCUCUCUAUAAGUAAAGAGAAAUGAACAGACUUUAGAGAUUAAAUGAGAAAGUCGGUGUUUUAAGUAUAGUAACACAGACGGAGACUUGGGAACUCAGAAAGCUUCCGAGCUGCGGUCUGACUUGCAUUUAUUUGUACUGCUGCUAAUCUCUGUAGGCCUUGACUCUGGGGGAAUUAACAGAGUUUAACUACUAAAUACUUAGCUAUUUUCACAUUUUUACUGCUAAUCACUGGAUAUGUUUUUUAAGCAAAGGUGUUAUGUAGAGUAGAACUUGCCAGGCUUUCUGGCCUACUAGAUUUUUUUUUUUUUUUUAGUUUGAAAUUAAACUUUAGUCUUUUCAAAGUAAAGUAACUUAGAAAUGAAUAGAGGUUAAAUAAGCCAGACAUAAGAGAGAAAUGAAGCAAGGAAAUGGGCGCAGACAGACAGACAGAAGAGGGCUGGUGAUAGUUGGCCAUGGUCAACCACCUCCAUCCUGGUCAGCUCCUCAUUUUCUUUAGCCUUCUGCUCCGCAGUCUUCUCCCGUGAGCGGAUGUGCGUUUGUGCCUUCCUCAGGCGUGCCUGGAAAGCCGGGCCUCUGCUGGGCCAUGCUGCAUACUCAGGCGAUCUCCUCAUCUGCCAGCCCGAGCGUUCCUUCUGCUGGGCCUGCAGCUCCGGGUACCUCUGGCCUUCCUUUCCAGUCUUCACUCUGGACUCAACACACUUCUCCAGGGACUCUUCAUUCUUCUGGUCACCUUCAAUCACUUCCUUCUGCUUCUCAAACUGCUUGAAAGGGUCAGAGAAGGACUUCUCCCUGAAUUUCAGGUCUGCAUUAAAUUGGUAUCUCUCUUUUAAAACCUUUGGAUUCCGUCUUCAGCUAGUUCCUUCUGUUUCUCGGCCUCCUCUAUUGAUUUGGCACAAAGGCUCUCUUUGAGGAGGGGGUCAAAUUUCCAGUACAAAGACUGCUUCCUCCAGGUCCACUCCUUUAAGGAGGAAGUUCAGACUGCUCCAGAUAAUCCACCUGAGCACCAGUACCUAGACCGAAGUCUCCCCUGUUGCCCCUCGGUGAGAUCUUUCCUGUUGAUCGUCUGGAGGAUUUUGAAGGCCAUAUCCCAGGCUUGAUUCUCCCCAUAACAUUUCAGAAGUUGGCAACAUCUUCCCAAGAUGCUUUCUUCACUUCAGUCCAAGAAAUCUGUUUUAGCUUCUCCUAUUUGAGAGGAAUCUGUUUCAGCUUCUCCUGUAUGAGAAUUUCAGAAUCUCCUGUAUGAGAAAGUCCUUAAACUUCAUGAAUUCCUUCUUGUUUAGUUCUCUCAAGUACCACAUAAGGCCAAAAUCCGAAAUGAAAAAUACCAUCUUGUCUUCAGGAAGAUAGACACAGUAUUUCAAAGUCAGAAAAAGCCAGAUAACAGUCAGAAGGAUUGCCUAUGGAUCCAGCUGGAGUGAGUGUUAGAGGAUUUGGACAAGUAAUGAUAUUUUUUCCAAGAGAAAAGGAGCAGAAGACAAGAUUUGCUGACUCACUGCCCUAGGGCUUCCAGGUUAGUCCUUCACCUGUGACUUUCUGAUCCACCACUAAGAAGAGGAGUUUGAGGGCCAGAAACUAAUAGAAACCCUGAUAUGGGUAUGUGGCCCGUUACAUAUGCCCCAGCUACCUGUUGUGUGGGUGUGUCACCCCUAUUAACUGUCACAUUAACAUAGUCAACAAGAGGACUCCUUAAAUACCCACCCACCAAGAAACCAGAGCUCCUGAUGGGAGUGAGCCUUUGACCCCACUUUCUGACCUUUGACCCCACUUUCUGACACAGUUAAGUUCUUGUCUUUAUAAACUCCAGGCUUUCAGCCAUUGCCUGGACUUCAAUCAUGGCGGCUGACUUUCCCUUUCUUGCUUACCUUCUCCUGAAAGAGAUAAAAGACACUACCCAGUCUUUCCUCAUAGAUUAAGUAUAGUGAGAGUCCUCAGCUAUGGUUAUCACUAUAUUUUGGUGACUUUGUUAAGUAAAUUUCCUGGGACAAUCGAGAUUUGAAAGAUUCUGUCCUCAUGUUAUCAUAAGCUUUUAAAAUGCUUGGUGGUCAUCAAAGUAUUUGACAUAAAAAUAUAAAUCACUCAGGUCACCUUUUACACCAGAAAUAACAGGAAAGCCUGGGCCACAGCCAUCUGCUGAGAGUGUUGAGAUGGAUCAUUGAGGCCGGCUGGGAAAUGAGUGCAGGCUGUAGGAGUUUCUUCUUGCUGAGUACUGGCUAACCACCAUCAGCCUUAGGAGGUGGUGAAACAGCCCCUUCAGAUGCAGAGCAGCCUCUACAAUCAUCCUGACCUUAAAGGUGGAAUAUGUCUUUUUUAUGGUAUGCUUUUUUUGUGUGUGGUGAUUUUUUUUCUUGAGACAGGGCCCAGAGUGGUCUUGAACUCUGAUCCUCAGCCUCCCAAAUGCCGGGGUUACAGGUGUGCACCAACAUGCCUGGCUAAUCGGAACUCUUUCUUACAAGCACAAUAGAGAGAUUAUUGAAACCUAUUAAGUCUGUGGCAUUUGCAUCAUGAGAACAGUUCUUUUAGAACAGUUCUGAGAACACAAAUAUAAAUGGAGUGGAAAUGUUAACCUCUGACAUAAAAUCAAAAACAUCGGAUAUGUUGACAGAAGCCUUAACAUUUCUCCUGGAAUGGCUGUUAAUCCCUGAAGAUGGACAGUAAGCGGCAUGUCACCUUGUUGGGGUUUCUAUUGACAGUAGUUCAUAUUCUGGAAAAUAACAAAUAAAUUUAAACGACGGAAUCUUGGCUGUUA